AUGGCUCCUCACAAAAUCAUCAUCGACACCGACCCAGGUGUCGACGACAUCAUGGCCAUGCUCCUCGCUCUCAGCGCCUCUCCCGACGAGCUCGACGUCGCCAUGCUAUCCGUGACAUAUGGCAAUGUUCCCCUGCAGAGCUGCCUGCGCAACGUCGUCGCCCUUUUCCAUGUCCUGGAAAAGGAGCUUGCCUGGAGAAAGCAGACCGGCCGCCUCGAGGGCUACGGCGCCAUGAAGGCGUCCAAGCCCAUCGUUGCCGUCGGCCCCGAGCACUCCCUCGAGGACGAGGUCCUCAUGGCCGACUAUUUCCAUGGGGAGGAUGGGUUGCACAACGUCCACGACACGCAUCCCCAUCUAUGUCCCGCCGACACUUGGAAGUCUCUUUUCCACAACGAGGCCGACGCCUCGCCCGACGACUCCGUCGUGUCGCCUUAUUUCACGCCGUCAAAGCAGCCCGCCCAUCUCGAGAUUCUGCGCAUCCUCCGCGAAAACCCCGUCGACACCGUCUCCAUCCUCGCCGUCGGGCCUCUGACCAACGUCGCCCUCGCCGCCGCUGAGGAUCCAGAGACGUUCCUCCGAGUCAGGGAGCUGGUGGUCAUGGGUGGCGCCGUCCAUGUCGAGGGGAACGUGACGCCCGUCGCCGAAUUCAACUGCUAUGCAGAUGCCGUCGCUGCGGCUCGCCUCUAUGCCCUCACGUCCAUGACGCCGGCGUCCACGAUGCCUCCCAUUCCCGCAAAGCUCUCGACCCUUCCGCCGUACCCGCCCAAGCUGUGGCGCCAGCUCAGGCUGACCCUGGCCCCCCUCGACAUCACCACCCCCCAUUUGAUCACAAAGAACUACUUUGCCGUGCGCAUACAGCCGCACAUUGAUGCCGGCAGCCCGCUCGCCACGUGGACGUCGCACUUUAUCAAGGGUGCAUUUUCCAAGAUUGAGUCGAUGGAGGGUGACGGCAACGAGCCGGGCCUGUCCCUGCACGACCCACUGACUGUCUGGUACAUCUUGACGCGCGACGACCCCCUCUGGAAGUUUCCCGCCAAACUGGAGGACAUCCGCAUCGAAACCUCGGGCCAGUGGACGCGAGGCAUGCACGUCGUCGACAAGCGCCUGAGAGCAAAGCCCGCCGAGGCUGCAGCAGCGGUUUCUUCGGAUCCUCGCGACGACGUCGAGGUGGUCACGCUGGACGAGGUUCCCGGAGACACCAUGGGGUGGCUGAGCGUCCGCAAGGGGAACAGGAUCAACCGCAUCAUUGCAUCGCCAGGCGAGGAGGUCUUCAAGGACGUCUGGAUGAGUCGUGUGUUUGCCUGA